GCGACACAUGGUUAUCAAUGCGGCAUAGUUUAUGUGUGUGUCAUGUUAGCAGUCUAAUACAUUUACAUCUCACAUGAACUAUAUUCACUACUGCUACCACAACAAUGGAGAAGAAACCACUCCUACAAAAACCCAAGGAGGGGGAAUCUCUCCUUAAUAUCAGGAACUUGGUGAUGGGAAACAUUGUAGCAGUUCUGUACCACGUAGCGUCAGCCUUUCAUGCCCCGACACUCGAUCAGUACCUCUAUAAGAGGUUGUCGUUGGAAGUCUUCGGCAACUACUCAGGGGACAGUGUCAGCCCAGCCAACGUGACCUGCUACAGCAACAAAACAUCCGAAGGAUACAUUCUUCAGGAAAUGGCCCAGAAAGCCACAACAAGCCAACAGAUGUACUUUUCCCUCGUCAAUACAGCCGCAGCAUUAGUCGGUUCUCUAGUUCUUGGAUCGUAUUCUGAUUAUUUCGGCAGGAAGGUCGUGUUCAUUUUGCCAGCCAUUGGUGACAUGGUGAGGAGCGCCAUGCUAACUGCCAUCAUUCAUUGGGAGCUGGAUCUAAACUGGUACUACAUCGGGGAAGUUCUGUGUGGACUGGGUAGUACCAACAGCGGUAUACUCCUGGCUAGUUAUGCUUAUGCCGCAGACAACACACCACCCCGUAAGUCUCGGACAUUAGCUAUAGCAGUCAUAGACACAACGAGCAGCAUUGCUUAUGCAGGUACCAGUGCUGCCACAGGAUACUUCAUACAGGAUAUGGGGUAUUUCUACCCAUCUCUCGUGUCUGCUCUCAUCAUGUGGGUGCUCAUUCUUGUUGUCGUCUUUUUCAUACGGGAAAGUAAGCAUUCCCUCAAAAAGACCAACAAAUCAAAGGUGAACCUGACUCAGGGGAUAAGAAACGUGGUAGGGUUGUACCUGUUUGACAACACCUGUCGGGUACGGAGCCUGUUCUGGUUGGGUCUCAUGUGCUACUUCUUCUCCCAAAUCAGUGCUAAUGCGGUAAUCAACAUAAACACGUUAUUCAUGAUGAACCUGCCGUUCUGCUGGACGCCGGAAAGGAUAGGCUACUUCACUAUGGCAUCAACAAUGGCCAAGCAGCUCUUAGGUGUGCCGCUGAUCAAGCUCCUGCACUACUGCAUAGGAGACGAGGUCAUUGGUGUCUUCAGUGCCUUUACCUUCAUAGUCGCGGACCUUCUCCAUGGCUUUGCAACAACAGACUGGAUGAUGUAUGGAUAUGCAAUGGCGGGAGCUCUCUCUUUUGCUGCCGUACCUGUCAUCAGAGCAAUCAUGUCCAGAAUGGCCCCGAAAGACAGUCAAGGAUCUCUCUUUACGAGUCUGACCCUCGCUGAUAAGGUGGGGGGGCUGAUGUUCAUCCCUUCGUUUGCUUACAUCUACGAGGCCACUGUGAACUUCAUGCGAGGCUUUAUCUUCCUUGUCUUCGCUGGAACACAUGUGGUUGCCUUUAUGCUCUUGGUGUUAUUUGCUUGUUUGACAUAUAAGCAUAACAGACGUAUUGAACACGAUGACACUGUGACAAUACAAGACACGGAAUGGCGUCAACCAACUUCCCAAAGCAACCUAGCACAGAGCACUGAAAUGUGAAUAGCACUGCACGCAUGCAUGGAAUUAGGCACGGAUAUAAACAGCCUUAGUAUGCUUGCUACACCGACACCAUGCAAAAGCGUCAUGUACACCUUUUUGUUUUAUUGA